AGGGCAGUCUCGGCCGCCCCGCUCCUCGCGCCUCGCCUCUCUCGCCUCACCGCAGCGACAUCCGCCGCCGGCGGGAAGGGGCCGGGGCCGGCGCCGGGCCCGCUGUUGGCGCCGCUUCUCCUUUCCCGUUUCUGUCAGCCCGGGGCCGCGGGCCCCGCCGCCGGCCGCACGAUGCCGCUGGGACUGAAGCCCACCUGCAGCGUGUGCCGCAGCACGUCCUCGUCCAUGUGGAAGAAGGGCGGGCAGGGAGAGAUCCUGUGCAACAACUGCACAGCCCGCUCCGCGCCGCCCGGGCCCGCCUCCUUCGCCACCACCUCGGCCGCCGCCCAGCACAGCAACGGGGGAGGUGGCGGCGGCAAGCAGAGCAAGCAGGAGAUCCACCGGCGGUCAGCGCGGCUGAGGAACACCAAGUACAAGUCGGCGCCCGCCGCGGAGAAGAAGGUUUCCACGAAGGGCAAGGGGAGGAGGCACAUCUUCAAGCUGAAAAACCCCAUCAAGGCUCCUGAGUCUGUCUCCACAAUAAUUACAGCAGAAUCAAUCUUUUAUAAGGGUGUGUACUAUCAGAUUGGAGAUGUUGUUUCGGUGGUUGAUGAGCAGGAUGGCAAAACCUACUAUGCUCAGAUCCGUGGCUUCAUCCAGGACCAGUACUGUGAAAAGAGUGCUGCACUCACCUGGCUCAUUCCCACACAAGCCAGCCCCAAGGAUUGCUUUGACCCAGCUUCCUAUAUCAUUGGACCAGAAGAAGAUCUCCCAAGGAAAAUGGAAUAUUUAGAGUUUGUUUGCCAUGCCCCUUCGGAAUACUUCAAAUCUCGCUCGUCUCCCUUCCCUACCGUUCCCACACGACCAGAGAAGGGCUACAUCUGGACUCACGUGGGCCCUACUCCUGCCAUUUCCAUUAAGGAAACUGUUACAAAUAAUUUAUGAUUUUUUAAAGGAAUGCUUUGGACAAACUCCUGUGGGUGGAUUCUCAGUCUUUGCAGUUAAUAAAACCCCAAACAACUCCAGUAAUUAAAUGAAAGCCCCCUUUGCUGAGGGAAGUGAGAAGACCUUUGUUGGAUGAACCCACAGAUCAGUCCAGUUUCUGUAUGUCAAGGGAUGAAUGAACUCAACACACCUGAGCUGGGUCACUGGUGCGGUUCCUGCAGGUGCUCUGCUUGCUGCUCCUGGUGAUUCUCCAGGGAAUCCUCUUGAGACGCUGUUCUGAGCACUGCAGGUUGGGAUGAGGCCACAUCACUCUGUGUCACACUGGUAAAGUCAUGAGUGAUGGAGUUUGGUCCAGACAAACACAAAGAGCUCUGAAUAAACCACAAAAACAAACAGAUCAGCUUCUUAUGGAGACAGAGGAGCAACUCCACCAGGAAGAUUUCAUCUACAGG